CUUCCGGUAAGGAAGCCAGUAAACCCCGCCCACUGGCGUUAUAGUUGUCACGACAACACCAAACUCCAGACGGCUGCUAGUUUAUUUUACAUUAAAAUGCUUCUUAUAGUUUGACUUAAGCACUCUCGGUGGAGGUUUGCCUUUUAUGUUUAAAUAUAGUUCAUUAUAAAGAAACGUGAGACAUCGUUAUUUGGUCAUUCUGGUUUCUGCGAGAUUUGAAUUCGUUGCUGCACGAAGGAGAAGCUGCCAUGUCUGAUGUGCUGAAAGAUAAAUCUAUCAGAAGAGAAAAGAAGACCAGCAAGGCGCCCUCAGAGGGAAGCCACGGAAUCAAAGUCAAAGACCUAGCUGGCAAGACUAAGGACUCUUUAAGCAAUGUGUCCUGCAUAGAAGAACACCACGAUGAAAACACUCGGAUGGUUGUGACACUUGAGAACACCUACCAACUAGGACCUCACAAACGCUUCCCAGCCCAUGCUGCCGUGGAAAUCCUGAGGGAUGUACUCCCCAAUUACCUGCAGGAGGAGAAAUACGAAGUGGAGUGGUCUCGACAAAUGACGAAAACCAUAUGUGAGGUGAUCCGAGCCCGUGUGAAGGAGCUGAUGAUCCGCAGGUAUAAGCUGGUGGUGCUGGUUCACAUUGGCCAGCUGGCUGGGCAGAGCAUGCAGAUCAGCAGCCGCUGUCUGUGGGAUGCGUCUCAGGACACCUUCGCCUCGUGGUCCUUCAAGAACACCUCUCUGUACAGCACCGCCACUGUCUAUGCUGUUUACUAUGAGUGAAGCGCCAAGAUAAACACGUUUUUGCAGCCAAAAGUGUUUUCUUUAUUUUUGCUGGUGUGAGAAAUGACAUCACAUUGCUUUAACGGUGUCCUGUCGGUACUUUCCAACACAUACGAUGAGGCCCACUA